CAAAAUUCGAAUGUAACGCCUCUUUUCUGACAAUUCAUUCUCUCUCUAUCUCAUCUUCAAACUCGGAUAUCCGGCGAACCCGACUCAGUGAUCUCGGUCCUUCCUCCCAGUAACACAAAUGGAGCUCAACGAGCAAGUAUGUUCUUCCCCGCCGGCGUCGCACAAAUUGGAGAGUUCUCUCCUACGGGACGUCUCCAAUUUGAGAACUCCGAGAAGCCUAGCACCGGCGAAGAAGGACCUAUUCGCCACUCCUUGCGAUAGCGCUUCUCGAUACUUCACCGCCGCCGCGGAGCGGAAUCCCAGGACGUACGCCUCUUCCAUCCGCCGGCAACACCGGCCGUCGAUGUCCGGCGCGACGACGGUGGCGAAUUCGAAGCGGAAGACGGCCACCGCGCGUCGAAUCAAGGCGUUCGAGCUCGAGCAGUCGCAGUCCUCGCGCAAGACUCAGGUCAAGAAGGAGCAGUCAUUGAAGUCGCUAGCUAAGUCGCUUACUACUUGGCUCAAUUUCCUGUUUGAGAACCCUGCGGCCUGCGGCUGCGGCAGCGAUCCGGAUCUGGACGCCGGUAGAGGGUUGGGUGAAGGGGCUGUAGUAGGUCUCGGGAAGAGGGAAGGUCGGUGUAGGCCUGGAAAUGUCGGCGGGAGGGUUGAAGUGGACGCCGCCACGUGGAGGUGUCCGAAGAGGCAGAGGGAUUCGGUUUGGGAUGGCGGAGGUGAGCUAGAGGCGGUAUCGGUUAGCAAGGAGUAUUCGAAGUUGACGAGUUCAAUGGAAGGGAUUUGCAGUUUGGAUGAUAUGCAGCAGAGGAUGCGGGUUUACUUGAGCUUGAGCAGCUGCCAAGAGAUUUUCAAUGUGAUGACUCGGGUUGUUAAGAACAUUGAUAAUGGGAGGUUAAAAAUGAAGUCCCAUUGCCCUAUUGUUACCGACUUUGGAAUGAAAGAGAAGGCUACAAGAAUACUCAUGUGUUACAAUCCGAUUUGGCUGCGAAUUGGGCUGCACAUAAUCUUUGGAGGUGAUACCUUGUUGCCUAGUGGAGAUGUUAAAUCUGAGCAGGAACUUGCCUUCCUGAAGUCAGUGAUAGAGAAGCAAUUUUUCUCCCACGCUGGAUUGGCGAAAGCAUAUGCUUACAACAAAAUGGUUGAUGGGUUAUAUAGACCUGGUUACUAUGAAAGUUUAGGGAACAUCAUAUUGAAAAGGUUCUUGCUUCUUGUUCUUACGCUUGAUAGAGCCAAGUCCCAGACUGCUCUUCCUUUAGCCUAUGGUAUUGAUGGGGUUGAUGGGGGUUCUCCUCUCCUCUUCAAUGUUCAAUCUAAUAGCAAGUCUAGUUCCCAAGUAAUAAAUGAUUUCUUGUCACCAGAGGUGAUGCACGGAGAAGGCAACUUGCUUGCCCAUUUAGUGAUAAUAGGCUACAGAGUCUCGUAUCAGCAGUCUCCAUUAGUCGAGUACGAGUUCAGAGUUACAGAUUUGUUUGCAGACUUCCAAGAUGGAGUGCGGCUCUGUAGAGCCAUUCAGCUUCUGCAAAAUGACUCCUCUAUUCUCUUGAAAAUGGCAAUUUCUUCGGAUUCAAGGAAGAAAAGAGUAACGAAUUGUGGCAUUGGCCUCAAGUGGUUGAAGCAUGCUGGUGUGAAUUUGUAUGAUGAAGAUGGAAUGGAAAUCACUGAAGAUGACAUUGCUAGUGGAGAUAAGGAACUGACAAUUUCAUUGCUCUGGAACAUGUUUAUUCAGUUACAGCUGCCCCUUUUGAUCAACAAAACAAUCUUGCUACAAGAAAUCCAUGGAAUUCGUGGCACGGAUAUGGAACUCUCCAGCAGCAUAAUUUCCGGUUCCUCUCUGCAACUGCUUCUGGAUUGGAUACAAGCAGUCUGUGUUAACUAUGAUCAUAAGAUUGAGAAUAUCUCUUCACUAGUUGAUGGAAAAGCCAUAUGGUGUUUGCUUGACUAUUACUUUCGCAAGGAACUUUCUUGUUCUCAGUCACCCAAGGACCCUUUCAAAAUUAGAGGUGAAGAGUCGAUUAUGUCCGCUAGUGAUUACACUGACACAGUCCAGAACUUAAUGCUAUCACAGAAGCUAGCCACAUUGUUGGGCAGUUUUCCUGAGGUGUUGCAAACUAGUGAGCUACUUGAACACAACGGUGCAAUUAAUGAUAAAAGUGUGAUGAUUCUACUUGUGUUCCUCUCCUCUCAGCUGGCAGCGAAGAAAGCCGUGGAUCAACUGAAUUUUCAUAAGCUACUGGGUUGCAAUUGUCAAAGUCUGGUGAGAAGACAUUCAAGGGUCGAGAAGUCGUUCAUGACUUCACAAGCUGAGCUGAAUGAGGAGCAAAGACUUGGCCAUCACAUUGAAGUUUGUGCAGAUGCUGCUAGUAAGUUUAAGGCCAUUAGGGCAUGGUGGCAAGAUAUGGCAGAACUGAAUAGCAAAUUGGGUGAACCUCCAUUGAUUUCACAAAUCUGCCCAAGUGAGACAAGUAAGGUGGAAAGUGAAAGAGAAUUUUCCCAACCUGAUUCUGAAAUUGCAGGUAGACAGAACAAUGCGGCAAUUGUCAUUCAGUCAGAAUUCAGGAAGUUCAGAGAGCACCAGAAGUAUAUUCGAGUUUUAAAUGCUAGAAGAAAUGCUAUUUCCAUGCGUGCUCAAAUCAGUGCUGCAAUUGUCAUUCAGAAACAUACUCGUAGUUGGAUAACAAGGAGUAGAUACAAGGUUUGUCGGAAAGAGAGAGCACUGCAACUUGCUGCUACUAAAGUACAAAGCAAUUUUCGGGGUUGGUUAGCGAGGAAGGAAAUUGAAAGAGCUAAACAGAACAAUGCGGUAAUCAUCAUUCAGUCAGAGUUUAGGAAGUUCAGAGAGCGCCAGAAGUAUAUUCGAGCUUUAAAUGCCAGAAGAGAAGCUAUUUCCAUGUGUGCUCGAAUCAGUGCUGCAAUUGUCAUUCAGAAACAUACUCGUAGUUUGAUAACAAGGAGUAGGUACAAGGUUGCUCGGAAAGAGAAAGCACUGCAACUUGCUGCUACUACAAUACAAAGCAAUUUUCGGGGUUGGUUUUCGAGGAAGGCAUUUCUAAACCUCAGGCGAGCAACAACAAGAAUUCAAAGUUAUUAUCGACGCUUAAGAUGUUUGAGAGAGCAAGACAGAAUGAUCCGAUCGGCCAUUAGGAUUCAAUCUUGUGUACGUGCUUGGAUUGCUCGUAGAGGAGCUGAGAGGCUAAUAGACCUGUUACGUGUCCUUCAAAGACAUUGCCGUGGUUGGCUGACUAGAAGGAGGUUCUUAUGCCAAAAACAUGCUGUGACAAAAAUUCAGAGUGCUGUUCGUUGUCUAAACUGCUGGAAGACCUUUCGUGCUCACAAAGUUGCCGCCGUAGAGAUACAACGUUUUGUCAGGGGACAUAUUACUCGCAAGAGGCUUUUGGGUGCAUCUAGUUUCUGUGCUGCUACCAUUCUGUCAGAAGACUGCUUAGGGAGUUUCCAGUUGCAAGUUGUUUUGUCUUCGGUGUUCAAGCUCCAAAGGUGGUGGAAGAGUGUUUCACUGCAUAAACGUAGGACAAAGGCCGCGAUGACUAUACAGUCUCAUGUCCGAGUUUGGAUAUCCAAGCAAAGGAUCAAUACAGAAAGGCACCAAGUCAUUAUGAUUCAAUCACAUUGGAGAGGCUACCUUGCAAGGAAAGAAUCAAAAGGGCAGCUACAUGACUUACGCCUGCGAAUUCAGAAAUCAGCUAGCAAUGUGGAUGACAGUAUGCGAAUCAUCAACAAGCUCAAAGUCGCAGUUUCAGAACUACUUAGUAUGAAGAGCAUGAGCAACAUCCUCCAAAUUUGUCAAACCUUGGAUAGGACAACACAACACUCGCUGAGAUGUUGCGAGGAGCUCAUUGGUGCUGGCGCCAUCGCCAUGCUACUGAAGCUGAUGCGGUCUGUGAGCCGGAGCAUACCUGAUCAAGAGGUGCUAAAGCAUGCACUGUCCACCCUCAGAAACCUCGCUCGGUAUCCACACUUGGUCGAGACGCUGAUCGACUGCAGUGGAUCAGUAGAGACGAUCUUUAUGGAGUUUUUCAGGAACAAGGAGGAAGGAUAUUUCACAGCGUCGGAGCUUCUGAGGAAGCUGUGCAGGAAUGAGAAGGGCAUGGAGGUGAUUCGAAGUUCUCCUGCGCUCCUGAAAAGGUUGGACAGUCUGGUAGAAGAACUGAGAAGAAAGAAGGCGCCAGCUGAAAGAAGGAACCCACGAGGUGGAGUAGAGACCAGGAGAGACGUGGAGAGGAGGAGGUUAAGAGAGGCCUCUGAGCUCCUCAAGCUCGUUAGAGGGAAGUAGUGAGCAAAUUUGUGGCGUACAUGAUCGGUGUUGACAGUGUUGUAAAAAAUGUAGUAGGUUUAGGUCUAUUGUGUUUGAUGUGUGAAACGAUAUCGUUUCACUUGAUUAACAAUGACGUGAGAAAUAUCGAGUAAUCAAAUCAUGUGUUUGAUGUAAUCCUGUAUAACAAUCCUCUAGGUAAAAAAAAAAGGAUUUAGGAGUUGAGUGUGUUGGAACAUCUAAUCCUUACCAAGUAGAAUGUGAUACAUCAAAUUGAUGUCUGGUUCUUUUUGCUAUUAGUUGUAUGGUUCUAAACUAGUUUUGUGACUGAAGGUGAAAAACUAUCACCAAU